CUGUGUCUGUGGGAACGUUAUUGUGGGGAACGGAUUGGGAGGGAAGAAAACGGCAUAACGUUAGUAUUAUUUCUAUUUUCUCCCUUCCCAGAAUACGUUGUAGCUGAUCUUUAUAAAAAGUAAAUAUUGGUUUGCCUAUACUGAAAGUAAAUUGACUCCAGUAGUGACGUAGUUUAGUUGUCCCUUAAAAAAAAAUCGAGAAGAAAAAGAAGAUAAAAUCUGAAUUAACAUUUUCCAUUAGCGUGUAUUUUAAAAUUUCUUACGAAUCUUUUUCCCCACCCCUCACCUUGAGAUGUUAAGAGUUCUGAUAAAUCUUGCGAAGACUUGAUUACAUAAGCGCUUAACUUUAUAACUAAGCCCUUUUUGGAUUUAAUUUUUAAAAACUUAACUUUGUAAUUUUUUCCCCCUCCUACAGGUUUGCUUUGGUCUUGAGACACCGUUGAACUUCCGCGAAACAAAGAAAAAUCCCCCCACAGUUGAACCUCUGAGACGACACACAAAAAAGCCAGCUACAUUUCUGAUCGUCUGUAUCGGGAAGCUGUUAAAAUUCUUUGUGACCUGAAGGAGAACAACUGCCACUAAAAACAUAAAAAACCAAAAUAUUUAGCAACAACUUUCCCCGAUUUUUUUUUAUCAAGCAGCUUUUUGUUACUUAUUAACCAUCAAAAAGUUGCUAGUUUUUUUAAAAUAUGAGCAAAAUCAAAUUCAUUUUUUUCUUUAAAAACACAGCUUAAUCCAAAAAAAGAUAAACCUUGAGGCGCUGUCGACGAGAAAAUUAAUUGGAUAAAUUUUCCAUCAUGGGCUCCAGACCAAUAGAUCCGAAGGAACUCCUGAAAGGACUGGACUGUUUCCUUGGUAAAGAUGGAGAAGUCAAAACACAUGAAGGCAUCACUAAAAUUUUCAAUUUAAUGAAAGAUGCACAGAAGAUGGUUAGUCGCUGCACCUACCUGAACAUCUUGUUGCAAACCCGAGUGCAAGAUAUACUUGCAGAAUUCAUCAAGGUUGGUGGCUAUAAGCUCCUCAACACAUGGCUAACUAACUCAAAAGCAUCCAAUAAUGUGCCCCUUCUGCAGCAGAUUCUGCUCACACUGCAGCAUUUACCUCUUACAGUGGAUCACCUGAAACAAAACAAUACUGCCAAACUGGUGAAACAGCUCAGCAAGACAAGUGAGGAUGAAGAGCUCCGCAGACUGGCUUCCAUACUGGUCAGUGACUGGAUGGGUGUCAUCCGCUCCCAGAGUAGUUCACAGCCUACAGAACGAGAGAAGAAAAAGCGAAAGGAGGAGAAUAAAAGCAAAGCACCUGUUCAAGAAAAGCCUCAGGAGGCCAAAUCAGAAGCCAAGCCUGAGGAGACACCUGAGAAGAAGAAAGAAAAGCCAAAAUCUCUCCGUACCACAGCACCCAGCCAUGCAAAAUUCCGUUCCACUGGUUUGGAAAUGGAGACUCCAUCACUCAUUCCUAUAAAGAAAAAUAGCAAUGCUGCAGUAACCUCUGACAAAUACAACUUGAAGCCAAUACCACUGAAGCGGCAGAACACAUCUGCCGCCACUGGAGAGAACCUGCCUGCUGAAAAGAAAUACAAGCCCCUUAACACAACUCCCAACACUACCAAAGAGAUUAAAGUGAAAAUUAUUCCUGCACAGCCUAUGGAAGGCUUGGGUUUUUUGGAUGCCCUAAACUCUGCCCCUGUCCCAGGGAUCAAGAUCAAGAAGAAGAAGAAAGUGCUGUCUCCAACUGCAGCUAAGCCAAGCCCUUUUGAAGGGAAGCCAGCCCCAGAAACCAGUACUGCCAAGCCAUCUUCACCAGAACUUACCCCUACGUCAGAGCCGAUGGAUGUGGAUAGACCUGGCACUCCUGUGCCUGCUGUGGAGGUGCCUGAGCCCAUGGAGACAAACUCCUCUGAGCAAGGUGGCUUGCUGGAUUCCAAGCCAGCUGAAAGCCUAGCCGAGUCUGCACAGCUGACAAAGAAGGGCAAGAAGAAGAAGACAGUGAGCUGGCCUGAGGAAAGCAAACUGCGGGAGUACUUCUACUUUGAAUUGGAUGAGACUGAGAGAAUCAAUGUUAACAAGAUCAAGGACUUUGGUGAGGCUGCCAAGCGAGAGAUGCUGAAGGACCGCCAUGCUUUUGAGACCGCCCGUCGACUCAGUCAUGAUGCCAUGGAGGAGAAGAUCCCCUGGGUUUAUCCAAAGCUCAUUGACUUGCCUGCUCCACUGGUACAGCCAGGAAGCGGCAGUCAGGAAAAAUUCACCCAAGCCGAAAGGGAGAAGGGCAUUUUACAGGAAAUUUUCCUCUCAAAAGAGAGUGUUCCUGACAGCCCACAUGAACCUGACCCAGAGUCCUAUGAGCCAUUGCCACCCAAACUUAUUCCACUAGAUGAAGAAUGCUCCAUGGAUGAGGCCGCCUACGAGGAAAGACUCGACCCGGCCACCGCCUCGCAGUCUCCGGACAGAGCUGGGGGCUCGAAGCUGCCCCCGGUCCUGGCCAACCUCAUGGGCAGCAUGGGGGCAGGCAAGAACCCACAGGGCCCCAACCCCUCCAUCAACGUGCAAGAGAUCCUCACCUCCAUCAUGGGUGGCUCAAACAAUCAUAAAACAGAAGAGCUGAUGAAGCAACCAGACUACUCAGACAAGAUUAAACACCUUCUGGGCAACUUACAGGGUCAGCCUGGACCAGGUCCUUCAGGAGUUCCACACACGCUCCUUGGACCAGGGCCUGGUCCAGUUCCCAAUGGAUUCCCACCAGGGCCCAAAAAUAUGCAGCACUUCCCUCCUGGAGGUCCCGGACCCAUGCCUGGACCACAUGGAGGCCCAGGUGGCCCUAGCAUGCCCCCAGGCCCAGGUGUGCCCAGCGGACCUCGGAUGAUGGGCCCACCUCCGCCCCAGUGUAAUGACGGAUACUGGGAUCCUCCUGAUGGUGGCAUGCGUGGUGGGCCCCAUGGAGGCAUGAGAGGCGGCAGCCCUGGCCCAGGACCUGGCCCCGGCCCUUUUCAUCGUGGGCGUGGUGGCCGAGGAGGAGAGCCCACUUUCCGUGGGCGAGGAGGUGGACGGAGUGGCGGCCCCCCGAAUGGUAGGGGUGGCCCUCCCAACAGCAGCAUGGGCGGUGGCCAUGGAGGGGGACACGGCGGUGGUGGCCAUGGAGGUCACGGAGGAGGGGGCCACCCAGGGGACCACAGCCGGGGACAUCCAGGCGGCCAUCCAGGGGACCACGGCCGGGGACAUCCAGGCGGUUAUCCAGGGGACCACGGCCGGGGAUAUCCAGGGGACCACGGCAGGGCACAUCCAGGGGACCAUGGCAGAGGUCAUCCCGGGGACCGCGGCUGGGGCCAUGGCGGAGAUAGGUCAAAGCGUUCAGUAUGUCGUCACUUCACAAUGAAAGGCAGCUGCAGGUACGAGAACAACUGUGCCUUCUACCACCCUGGCGUGAAUGGGCCACCCUUGCCCUAGUACUAGGGAUCUGCUCCCCUUUCCCUAUCUCUAACUGUGGUAUCAGUGCACAUUCCCACGUCUUGGACUCUGGGGCUUGAGCUCCAACUUCAGACUCAUGCUGCAUCCAUCUUUUUAUGGCUUCCAUGAGGCCCUUGAAAUGCUUGGGGCAGGGGGAGGCAACUGCUCUACGUCUGCUGCUACUGAUGAACUGCCAUGUCACAAAGGAGCCACUGGGAGACACCUCCCUCCUGCCUGUGGGGUGAUGAGACCACCAAUGACUUGAAAGCACAAGAGACUUAUGGAGGGUUUUAAAACUGAUUUGUGUAAAUAUCCCUGUGAAACCAGCAGAGGAAGAGGGGACGCUGCAGCUCGCAGCCCUGCCUGGAACCAGAUUCUCAGGAACCAGACCUGCACUGAAGACAUUUGCUUUGGUCUGGAGGAACAGCUGGCAUCUGCAGGAAAACUCUGCCAUUUUAGGAACAAUGUGUGAGGCAGGGGUGGGGAUGAAGCAGUCGCCUGUGGAUUAUUCUGUGGGAUCUAAAGGCAAGGAAUCCACUGCUGUCUAAAGGCCAACUAGAAGAAGGGGGAAUGCCAGCAGCUGCUGCUUGCACAGUACCCUCUUGAGCCAUGGUGCCCUGUCUUCCCAUUUAUAAAAUACCCCCUGCAGUGUUCCCACUGACUGCAGAGCUGUGAUUUCCCUUGGUGCUAAGUGUGUCAUUGGGGGAAACCUACAAACUGUUUUCUAUGAAAACUCAACCUUGACUCUAAAGAUUUAGGGGGUAAUUUUUGUUUUCCUGAUUUCAUUGUUGGUUGUGGGUUUUUAAAAACUGUCUCACAAGAUGUGGACUCUUCACUACAUCUUUUGUCUCCCCCCUUCCUUGAAGUGGGUGCAGCAACCCCCUCACCUGAGGGGAAGAAAGUGUCUCGCUCUAAGUUUUUGUAUAUUUUGUAUAUUAGUAAUAAACAUGGUGGAAAAAUGAAUUAUCUAAUUUAA